UCAUUCAAAAUGUCUGCGCCCUUGUCAUAAUCUGAAUGAAUGCAGAAUUUUUGGAAAUGUUCAGUUAUAUUGAGGUGAUAUAAAGAGUGUAUCUGCAGUAUAGUUAGUAGCAUUCUCUCUAAAGCUGCCCUGUUGGGGACAACAUGGGGAGUAGUGCUAGUAGCAGCGCCAGUGGCAGCGAAAGUGAAGAAGAAAACAGCGAUUAUGAGACGCAAGUUUGUGAGAGCAAGCCUGUGCAAGUAGCUCUGCCUGUUGAAUCUGAUAAUCUUGGAGACAUCGACUUGAACCAACUUUUUGAUCAUGUGACUCUACGUGAGGCAGCCUCCAAAAUAAGAGAUGACGUCCCUGAGACAGUUGUCCAGCAGCACCAUGGACACCUUGUACGAUGGUUGGAGGAGCGAUAUCAACGCAGCGAGGAAACCAUCUCUCUCACUCAGUUCUGCGAUGUACUCAUGAACAGAGGGAUAAGCAGGGAAGAAUGUACAAUAGCCUUUGAUCAGUUUGAUGUAGAUGGUGAAGGGCAGGCUUACGUAGAGUCAAUGUUAGAUGCUCUACGCUCAUCUAACGGUGCCAACCUUAGAGGAGAACUCUCCCACGCUAUUAGGAUAUUAACUGCAUGCACACUCACUCCGGGUCUGAUAGAUGUAUUCUCCUCUGAUAGGGAGAGUGUUGGACAGCACGGUCAAAGAAUUCUCAAGUAUCUCCUGAGGAAUCGUGCACCUAGCAGCGCUCUUCCCUACCCCUCUCUGGAUGGAUUCUCACAUACCACUACCAUGAGGCUCUCUGUUCUUGAUCAACAUCUUCAAGAAAAACAGAGACAGUCUGCCUUCCGAGACAGUUUUGAGCUAGAAGGAGGCGGUGAGGUCAAGCUUACUACAAAGUGUUUCAAGAGCAUCCAAGUUUCUACCAAUCCAAGAGAGGCGUCAAGGCUGACUGAUGGUGACCCAAGCACGUAUUGGCAGUCCGAUGGCCCCGCCCACACCCAUUGGGUCCGGUUCAAGCUGCGACCGGGGGUGUGCCUAAAACACUUAUCCAUCCAGGUGGCUCGAGGUGACCAUAGCUACAUGCCUCAGCAUGUCACUGUAUUGACCGGUCACUCACCGGUCUCACUGCAAGAAGUCACUGAGGUCAGAAUACCAAGCCACAUCACUGGGGAUGUCUCUCUCCUAGAGAAUGCCAAAGUGAUCAGACCUUAUGUUCAGAUCAGCAUCAAACGUUGCCAAUUUGAAGGCUGUGAUGUCAGAGUGCACGGGAUACGAGCCCUAGGAUACAAAAUGGUGCAGAAAUCUGAAGUGAGCGUGAAAGAUGCCUCAGCCAUGUGGUACUUAUCUGUCCUGGCUUCCACGGCAAAUGCAGCUAUACCUAUUGCUCCUCAUCUACGCAGUGCUAUCCUUAACCAUACAAAAAUGGCCUUAUCCCACAUGCCUCCAUUGUCCCUGAUGCCGCAGCAGCUCUCUAAAGCAAGCUUCCUCAGCCCACACGUUUUGGAUCAGGUUGCAGAGUUCCUACAUAACAUAGCAAGAAAUGAGAGAGGAGAAUUGGAGAUGGAAGGACUCAAGAUCCUGCUAGAGUUUGCUCUGGCAAGGGGUAAUCUGGCUAGUAUCCUCAAAGCACUACAAGAUCUACUAGAUCAUAAAAACAAUGAGAUUGAAGGAGCUGUUAAGAUGUUGAGGAAUCUGAACGCAGUUAGGGACUCCAUCUUGAAGAAACAUGGUACCCAACUGACCAUGACCCUUGAGGGUUGUGAUGGCGGUCAGCAGGACGAGUCCACAGCACCAAGCAAUGUCCUUUGUGGAAACUGGUCCGCUAAAGGAUAUGUGUCCAAUACUCCAAAGGUCAACAUGUUCUUCACAAGGGAUACUCCAUUCCAGGUCACCAAAGUUCAAAUAAAGGUGGCUAAGGGAGCGACUGGACCAAAAUGUGGUUUGAUCUUCGUCUACAAUGAUCAGAAGGGCUUUGAUUUGAAGAGACAUCAGGCAAUAUUUGAGAAGUAUGAUUCGUGGAAUUCAUCGGACUAUAAGAUCUUCCAAGGAUUGAGGGCUGCCUCCAUAUGUGGUAAACCUGAUAACCCAGUAGCUUACUUCAGCUUGGACAAUGACUGGGAUGAAGUGGAGGUGCCGCUCGACCAGUGCUUUGUGGGUCAGUACGCUCUCAUCAAGUUCCUUGGUCCAAGAAGUGACACGGCCACCAGACUGGGCAUUGUCGGUGUCCAGUUCUAUGGCUUUUCCCGCACUUCAUCUGUCCUUGACAACAUAGACAUUUCAAACGUUGCUCCUCUUCCAUAUGAUGUUGAUGCACCUAUCAAUACAAUGGUUCUCUUCACACAAGUCAUGAGCUUCAUCGUACGCAUCUGUCAAGAUCUGGAGGUAAUGAAGAAGAGAAAGGAAGGGACUCUCACACGAAUACCUGUACCAGACAUGCAACACCUAACUCUAAACAUCAUCAGUCAACUCUACAAUGCUAUUCCACAAGAUGAUAAUCGAUGGGUGUAUGCCAGGAUACUGUGCCUAAACCUGCUUCAUAUUAGUAUACCAAACCUAGCCAAGCUUAGAGAGAAGGAAACGGCCAAGGCUAGAAUGCUUUCAAAUCUUCAACUUCAGGACCAUCCAAAGCUUGGAGAAUUACAGCUCCAUGGUUCCCAGACACAAGAGACUCAAUCUGAGACCCAACCAGCAACAGACACCCAGACAUCACAAGGUACACCUACCCAGGAAAUGCUCGCAAAUGUACCAUCUCAGGGAGAACCCUCAAGGGGUGAACAGCGAGGAGACACCGCAGAAGGUGAGCAGACGGCACCAGUCCAGGAGUCGCAGAACACACAGCAUCAAGGAUCGGAUAGUGGCCAGACUCUGGAAACUAAACCCACUUCCUCUACGCCUCCACCGAUGGCCAUACCGGGCACGUCCAGCCCAAUGUUGGAUUCCAAGGAAUUGGAUACGAGCCUGGACCAGCGACAAGCGAGGGAGCUGUUUAAUCAUCUGUGUCAGCUAGCGAGUUUUGAUGGAGGAGAUGGGUCGCAGGAUGAUCCUAGGAUCCUGUUGAAGGCGGCUGCUGAGGGAUGUAUUCUAGAUGGUGCCGCUGUGUUUUUCCCAGGGAAAGAAGCAAGGAGGGAGGAACUCUUCAAUAUGAUGAAUUCAAUGGUGACUGGUGAAGAUACAGCUGUUGGUCUUGUGUUCCAGUCUCUCUGCCGUUUCUUCAGUACUGUAGAUCCAAGUGGAUUGCUAGAACUUCCUUCAAGCUCUCAAGAGGAAUUCAACCAAGGUUCAGUUUUGAUGGUGUUUGAUACCCUCCUCUCAGCGUCCUAUAAAGAGUUUGUUGAGCUAAUAGAGGAUGGGGAGGAGGCAUCACCCCCUUCAGCACCCUCCCAUGUGUGCAGCCUGCUGUGUGCCCUACAGACCAGUCUGCUAGGUUGGGCAAAGCACUGCCUUACUGACUCAAAGGGAGAUAGCAAGCUCAAGAAGACCGCCGGGGACGUUAUCAGAGAUUAUUGUGGAAUGCAGUGUUCUUGGACCCGGAAUGCACUCUGUUUGCUUCAAGGCCAGAAAGGGAUUAAUAACAGAUUCAAUGAUCUCAUCCACACCUUCAUUCCUACUGCAUUCAGACAAAUGGUUCUGUGUGUUACAUUGUUAAGUGAAAUGGACCUGCCUUACCUACACCUAGCUCAGAGGCUGCUCAGCGUUGCUGUGGAGAUCAGACAACUAGAAACAAAACUUAACAUCCACUUCCCAAAGGAUGGCUCACCGGUGCAAUGCAGUGCCAAGGAAGAUGUCGUCAUCCUCAGGAAAUGGCACAUUGAAUCAGCUCAUAACUAUGACAACAACCAGCAUGUUACACAGAUCUUCACAUGCCCCGGUGCUGACCUCUUUGAAGUGACCUUUGACACAAAGUGUGAAACGGAAAGAAGGUAUGACUAUUUGGAGUUCACAGACUCCAAGGGUGUGAAGACUCGCUAUGAUCAGAAAGUUGGCUCAGACAAAUGGCCAACGAGUGUCACCUUCAACAGUGGUCAACGUCUUCAGUUCCUCUUCCAUUCCGACAGCAGUAACAACUUCUGGGGAUAUAGCUUUGAUGUGAUAGCCAAGGGCAAGCCAGAUGUAUCUUUGCCGUGGUUAUAUGAUCUUCAGCUAGGAUUGGCUAAGCUCAUUGGAACCCUGUGCUCUCAGAUACUCUCUCUCAAAUCAGAGAGACAGAUGCGAGAGGAGAUAUGGGAGAGUGAUGAACAGAAGAGGAAGGCCCGGGAGGCCCUCUCAUCUCAAAACUUUUUCCAGACCUUAUUCAGAGGCGGUCACAACGUCGGCAAACCGCUCCGGUCACUCUCCGGCGAGAACAGCCUUGUUACCAUGGGCAGCAGAGUUCACAAAUUCCUGGUCCAGGUUGCCGAGGGAACCAACAGACCCACCCCAGAUACAUCCAUCGCCACGAACAACAAGGAUCACCCAUGUAGCGACCCAGAGACGGAUGCCGAAGACAUCUUGGUGUCCAAGGCUGUGGAUACCUUCCUUGAGGAAUGCCAUGAGAAGGGACAGACCCCCAACAUGGGUGGACCAGUCAUUACUGGGACUGUCCAUGCUGUAUUUGCAGCGCUGCUAUGGCAUUCGGGUUCACUCAGGGAGUACAUAGAAAAAUAUGUGAACGAGGAUACAUCAGUACCGAUCACAGAUGACAUCCUUUAUGCAUUCCGAACAGCCGAAGGGCUCAGGCCAUUUCUGGCUAAUCUGAGACAGACGUAUGUGUACAGUGAGGAGAAAAAGGCCCCUAAUAAGACACUCAAGGACAACUUCAAUCCUGAUGAACCUGUGAAUGUGUGCAGAGCCAAAGCAUCUUUUCUUCUGGAAUUUCCACCUGUAGUGAAACAAGAACGAAAGAAGAUCAACAAAAGUCUUCCACUGAGGAGUCUGUCGAAUGCAAGCACAACUGCAGACUUUGAAGGUUUUCAGGGUCCUGCUGAGGAAGAGACUAUUUUGAGGUACUACCCAGAAUUCAAGCUGGUCCUAGACUUCGUUAAGAACCCACACCUUGAUCACAUGAGGGUGAGGUCAAUCCUUCGGGUCAGGGAGCAGAGUGCCAAGGCUGUAUCAGAGGUUUACAAGCUAGCCAGUCAGUUCCUCUCGGCUCACAACAAACCUCACAUAUUCCAGUCACAGUGCGUGCUCUUUCUUAAGGAUAUGCUUUUACAGAGACAGCUAGGCGCACCUCCUCCAAUACAUUAUGCAUCUCGGCUGGAAGGGUGUGGCCUGGAGUUAGAGGACAGAGUGAGGGCAGCAUAUUAUAACUUUGUGAAACAGCUUGUAGAAGCCGAGCCUUCAGAGUACCAAUCCUCACAGUCAGAUGAUGUAAAAGCUGCAUCUAGUUGCAUUCAGAACAUGCUCCUUCAUCUGAUGGAUGUGUCCUGGUCUCCUAGUGACUGGCAGUUUGUAGCUAACAUCAAAGCUCCUAGUCUUCUUAUCAGUGCAGCCAGAAGUAAGUGGGUCAUACUACCACUAUCCUCAUCCAUGCUCUGUGGCACAUACACGAGUGGGAACAUGACCCUGCGAGACAGCACUGCCGGUGAUAACCUGAGCUAUGCCCAGCAGCUGAAGGCUUAUAAGCAGUGCGAGGACUGGAUGAAGGAGUGUGAAGGAGACGAUUCCUUUAACACAUGGUUCUCAAAUAUCAGUAGGUUUCCAGACAAAGAGGAGAGAAGGGCAAGGCACAUGUUUGUAGCUCGUUUCUGUGAUCGUCUAGACAUCCAAGUGGCGUGUGACGGGUGUAAUGUGCAGCUACUCGGGCAGAGGUAUCGAUGUCUCGUCUGUGAAGACUUUGACUUCUGCUACAACUGCUGUCAAGGAGGUGCCAAACCAGAUGAGCAUGCAGACGAUCAUCCCUUGGUCCAUCUCAUGUAUAAAUGUGAUGGCUGUCAUGGGCUCAUUGUCGGAACCCGCUAUCACUGUAAUGUGUGCGAGGAUUUUGAUCUGUGUUACGGCUGUCAACACACAGGACAUUACCCUUCAAGCCACAAUGAGUUCCAUGAUUCUACUGAAAUAAUGAUGAGAGUGUUAUAUACAGGAAGUCAGUAUUCAGCUCAGCUGAACAAUUACACUCAUCUUCACUCCUGGCUACAGUUCACCUUCCUGACACUGUCACUGGCUCAAGCUAUAUAUGAUCAACAAACGCAAGGGACAUUGACUUCGGCCCAAGAGACAGUGGGCAAAGAACUUCUGAAGAGCUGUGUGGAGUUAGCUAUGGAGGGCCUAGAGGUCACAUGCUCUUCUGAUGAUGAAAGUGGUGGUACUAUGAGCAUCCAUGAGAGAGUUUUUGCCGAGCAAUCACAGGAGAGGAUGCUGGGAUUGCUUGCUGCUAUGUUACCUGCCGACAAGGGUUCCAACAAGUCGUUCUCGACAGCUAUGGCUCUUUUCAGCGUGGACAAGUUCCUUCCUCUUCUCUUCACCAUAGCACAGAAAGGAAGUGGACACUAUGUACCCACACAGCAUCUUGCCAUGGGCCUCCUUGGGCAGCUUCUACCCAGCAUCUUGCCAGAGGUGUCUGAUCUGGCUUUGGAGUCGGUAACGCCUCUGUCGACGCCCGAACCCCCUGAUUCAUGGGAGGAUAGGCUCGAAGAGCCCUCCAAAGAAGCGCAGUCUGACGGCAAGAAAGAAGAAAAAGACAAGGAAGAGAUCAGUACUAAAGAUGAGAAAGAUAGGGAAAAUACAAGCACCAAAGAGGAUGGGAAGAAGGAAGGAGAGAAGGAUGAUGGAGGGACAGUAGGAGAGAAGGUGGUGGAGGAGAAGAAGAGUAUCGGGGAGAAAGGGAAGAGGGCGGGUAAUCAGGAGGUCCAGAAGAGUAAGAAGAUUAAACUGACCAGAGACGAUUCUAUCGCAAGCUCUGACAUGGACGGCACAAGGACUAUCAAGUUUCUCUUCUCGUUUGGUGCUUCAUGCUUGGAAAAGAGUCGGCUUGAGUGGGCCGCAUUGCUACCCACAAUGCUUCAGAAGCUUUGUCGACAUCUAGGUUGGAAGGCCAGCAUCACUCGUCAAAUCAGCCACAGCAUUGAGAGACUACCGGAGGACUCCUCGCUUCGAUCGGUCUUUGCGCUGUUUGUUGUGGCCGGUUUCCCUGAAGUCCUUGGGCAUGGCAGUACAGCCAGCUAUCUUGAUGGGAAUCGUGAGCUAACGGAUGUCCUUAUCCUCAAGCAUUUCUUUGAGAAAGGCAGAGUGUGUGUGGUUGACGUCAAGACUCGCAAGAUGAAGCAUGUUCCUGAAUACCAGUUGCAACUGAGUGGGUCAGGGGGUCAAGUCUUGGAUGGAGAGAGGUUCCUGGCUUUCACAGACAUCGCUCGGAUCAUCAUGCUUCAGCUCAAAGAUGGUACAUGUGCCCAGCUAAGCGUUGAGAAUCUGUGGGUCCUUUAUCUUGUUCUCAAGGCUAUGCUUGCUAGCCUGAAGGUGAACUACUCCCAGCUCUUGAAUAGUGACCUUCUACCGCUUCUUGUCCACCUUGCCGGUCAACCCACCAAGCUUAGUAAGAGAUGGCUUCUCAAAGACCUAGAGAUUCUAUCGAUCAAGUUGUACACUCGAGGCAAGGCGAAGACCAGUGGUAUCACCCAACUUCCUUCGGUCCCUCUGGGUAUGGGGACGGUGGUAGGACCAGAGCACAAGGAACCCCUUCCAGCCAAGCUCCCUCGCUCGAGGAACUCAUUCAGCUCCGAAAGUAGUGGCUCCAGCGACCUUGGAGGCAAUGACGACCUAUUGAACUUGGAUAGUGAUAUCAGCACUGAAUCUGAUGACAGUGAAAGCUGGCACUCCUACCUGACAGCCGACUCCCUACCCCAAUCUCUACCCCUGGAAGAAUACGGGAUAGAUGUUGACGAGGAAGGUGAAGAAGGGGUAGAGGACCAGGGAGAGGGUAACAACCCCGACCCCAUGGGAGGAUUAGAUGAUAAGGCAAAGGCCUGUUUGCAGGCUACCCAUGAAGCCAUCUUAGCACCUGUGUCCAUAUUAAGAGCUAUGUUUGAGAAAUGCAACAAAAACAUCCAGGAUCUGGUAGAAGAAGUACAAAAAUGCUUCCAAGGUGAGGAGUUGAUUGUGAGUGAUGAGAUCAAACAGCUUGCCAAGCGAUGGGAACCCAAGCCACCCCCGGAGGCUCGAGAACCUACCGAAUUCAAGACAAUAGACACAGGAGCACUCACGUACACACCUGUACCAUCAAUACCAAGGGAGCAGGAUGAUAAUUAUGCUGUGCCUGAGCUGAGCCAACAUGCACCCAUCUUAGUGGCUAACAGUGAAGCUGAGCUCAGAGAGAGUUACAGAAAGCACCAGCGCACCAAGAGUGGGGAGCUUCUCAAGAAAGAGCUGGAGAAACACGGAAAAAGUGCAUCAAGAAACUACUUGCAUGUGAUCAACAAUGCUCUGGCAGUGAUGUGUGCCAGACAAGUCCUAGCUGCUCUGUUAGCCGACUGGCCAGCUACUGGGGAUCAUGUGAUCAGUACUAAUACCUUUGGAUGUAAAGAACAUUCGCAGUUGGUCAGUAUUCUGGACCUGCUUCAGAGAGUCGAGGAGAAAGAUGUCUUCUUGAAGGUCGUUGAGAAUGUGGUCCACCAUUGUGAGGAUGGGCUACUAGCCCCACUGUGUCUGGCUGCUUGCUCCUUCAUGCAAGUGACGGUGAUGCUACCCAAAACAUUGGAAUCUAAACACAACUAUGAAACCAACGUGACUGAACAGGGAAGCAUCACUCUACCAGGAGCCACCCAUUUGAGCAUCAAGUUUGACGAACGCUGCUGUACAGAGAGCUGCUGUGAUACUCUACAGAUAUCCUCCAAUUCAUCCUUCAAACACGAUGUACAUACGUUCUCCGGGCACUACGGCAGCGCCAACUGGGUGGAUUUUGAUUUACCAGGUGACACUUUGUACUAUAAGUUUCACUCUGAUGACGGUAGCUCAACUGAAUGGGGUUAUAAACUCACAGUAACAGGCAACAAAUUGGGAAGGUUUGAGACAGGUUAUGUGAUCCUCAACACAGUACUAGCUAACCCCAAGCUUGCCCAACAAGUUCCUCUUCAAGAAUUGUGGGAGUGGCUUGUACAGGUUGCUAGGAAACAGGUCGGCCAGAGCCGUCUCAAGGCCGUGCAACUACUGCUUCGCAUCCUUGCUAGUAUACCAUCACCAUGUGAUGAUCCAUCAGACCCGUCGGCAUCCUCAACACCUCCAGUCGCUGACCCACCCACACCUGCAGACCAGGACACAAUCGGUGAGGACCCGCCCCCUUCCUCCACCCCCGCCCCUACCCCUUCUCCGGCCAGACCACCGGUGGACUUGACGCGUCUCAAGCCCCUCUGGCUCCUGCUGGAUUCCAUGAACUGCAGGCUGAGUGCGGACUGCGCCCCGCAGAGCCUGGCAGCGGCCCACCGCGCCCUGAUGGAACUCUUCCUGAUGGUGGAGAACAUGGUCCAGGAGUGGGAUAUGGUGGAGGAGUAUGUCCUUGCCAUGAGCAACGAUGAUGCCAUCAAGAAAGCUAUCGUCCAGGGUGCGACUAACAUCAAGUGCAUUCAGCUUGCGCUGGACAAGAGUAGCAGCGCAGAAGUUGAGGAGCCUGCCACAAGAACCGAUACAACAACUGCAAAUGGUGAGAAUGUGAACAAUAACAACCGUACAGCGAGACUAGAAAUUGAAGACGUUCCACUGAUGAAUCCUGUUCUGUUUUCCCAGCUCUUCAGAUAACAGAGGGUCCUUCUAGUAGUCUUUCUCUUCUUCUUCCCGUUGCCUCCAUAUGCCUUGUGGAGGAUACAUGUAGUAUUAGGUAGAACAGCUUUGAUAAAGAAAGUGUAAGGUUGCUUGAUCCAGGAGACUCAUGGCUUGUCAUCCAGUCAGAGGGAUUCAAAAUGAAGAUUGAUGCCAUUGCCCAAGACCACAUACUGAAGUUAUUAGUUUGUGGAGGAUAGUACCGGACAGAAUAGCUUUCCAUGUGCCAUAAGAUUGGUCAGAUGAUGCAUUUUGCCUUAUUGCUGAUCAAAAGAAGCAGGGGACCUAUGGAUUGCAAUCCUAUCAGAAGGAUUCAAAAUGAAGAUCGAUGCCAUUGCCCAAGACCACCUACUAAAAGUACAUGUAACUGGUUUGUUAAGGAUAGUAUUAGAGCAAUUUUUCAUUUGACAUACAUGUAUGAAUGGUUAGAUAGUGCAUUUCGCUCCAUUGCUGAUAAAAAAAAUUAAUGUAAGCUUGCUAAUGUUCAGAAUGAACCAGGGGACUUAUGGCUUGUAAUCCUGUCAGAGGGAUUCAAAAUGAAGAUCAAUGCCAUUGUCCAAGGCCACCUACCAGCUGACUUAGAGUAUGGCGGGCCAUGAAUCCAAUGCCGUCUCACCAUGGGAUUUCACCAAGUGUUAUUGUGAUUAUUUGCAAAGCAUGACAAAAAUACAUUGUAAUAAUUACCCAACUGACUGUAAUUAUCAUUAAGGGCUUGGUGAGUUCACGUAAUACUGCAUUCAAAGCUUUGUCUCUAAUACGCUGGGUAGUAAUCUACCAAUGUAUGAAAGGCAUUGAUCUAUCAAGUCUUCAACUUUACAUCCUAUAUAUUGUGGAUAUAUAUAUUUGAUUUAAAGUUGUAGGUGCAGCAAAGCAACAAAGUAUGGUACUCCUUCAGUAUGAGAACACACAAUUAUUGACUAGAAUGACUUCUUUCUUGAAAUCAAUUAUGUUGGCUUCUUUGCGGCAAAGGGCAAUGCAACGUGAUAUACCAUGUUUCGAAGUAAACAAUGUGCAAGACAGUUAUUUGCAAUCACCUUUUGUAUUCAGUAAAAAUAUAGUCUUCAUUGUGUAUAUCAAGCUUUUGGUUUCCAAAAUAUACAACAUGUCAAUUUUUUAAUGAAAAUUUGAGUCUUUGAUACCAGGCUAAAAAGGUUGAAUGAUUAGAAAAUAUGAUUCCUAUAAUCCCUUUUCUAUAGAUGCCUACUGGAACAAAAUAUAUGGUUAGCAAAUGUGGUUUUCCUUAAAGUAACAUUCAUGGCUGUAAUACCUUUCAGAACCAAUGUCUAAAUAUUUUCAAGUUACAACAUUAUAUGCAUAUUAGUUUGCAUGAUAAGUACUGCAUAAAGGACUCAACUGUCCUCAUCCAUAAAUAAUACAAAACAGGCACAAUUAUUAUUAGGAUGAUCAACUGGUAGUACCACUGUUAAUAAUAUCAAUGCAUGUUUAUUUAUUUUUGCCUGGAAUUUUUUUCUAUUUAUUUCUUUAAUCGAUAAACAGAUAUCUUACUUCUUGAGAUUAUGGAUUCAGUAAAACUUACUAAGAGAGGUCUGGAAGUUGUAAAAAAUAAUUUUUAAAAAGUGAACAAGUAAUUAUUCGUGAAAGUUUAUUUUAAAGAGCUCAAAUAUUUAUAGUCAAAAGCGAAGACAGAGCAACUAUGAGGAGAAAUAUAUAUUGAAGUUUGCUAAUAUAUUAUGUAGGUAACCUGUUUGAAAAUUGUUGAGUAUACGGUGCAUCCCAAGAAGAUAAUAAUGAUAUUAAUAGUUACAUUUGUAUAGUGCUUUAUAGGGUAUGUUUCUAAGCGCUUUACAUUGUAAUUAUUAUUACCCCGGUCACAGGAUUCAUCUUUCAUUUUACACCUAAUAUGCACCAUCUCCAAUCCCUGGGGAAUAUCCUGGCUAGGUAACUGUUAAUCGGUGCAAUCCAAUCACAUUGAUAUUCCCAUCCUACCGGGAACCCAUUUAACACCUGGGUGGAGAGUGGCAAAUGUGGAUAAAUGCCUUGUCAAAGGGACAUAAGCGCCAGGUGGGAUUCGAACCCUCGACCCAUGGUUUAAGAGUCAAGCGACCAAAUCACUGCACCACGACACCUCCAUAAAGAUAAGAUAAGAAAAUGUAAGAUGGUGAUUGACAUCAGUUAUCUUAAUUUAGACAAAUUAUUUUUAUUUCUUUGUGAUCAGUGUAAAUUUCAACUUUUACUUAUACAAUAGGAAACUCUCCACAUAGAUAAGCAGGAAGAGUUUGAAAUUGCAAUGUCAGCAUCAAGUUGCAUAGAAAAACUGGUCAAGAUUUCUUUAGGACACAACGGCUGCACAGGAAAUGAAUGAAUGUAAUCCUGUAUACAUGAACACACUAAGGAUUUAGACUCAAAUCAAUAUAAAUUUGAAGCAUUGUCAUGUGUCCCUACACACAGUCCAAUUUCUGUGAUAUGCCGUAAUAUCCGAAGGUGCAAUAUAGAUGCCUGUACACGUUAUUUACAAUAUGAUACAAGGAUUUUUUUUAUGUAUCAAUUUUUUAGGCUAGGAAGUUGCAAUGAGUGCCCUUCAUUUAUUCUUUUAUAUAAAGACAAUACCCCCACACUUUCUUAACAUUUUUGCAGUGGGGGUGUUAUAAUAAAGCAACUCAUAAUGAAUUUAGAGUUGAAUUUAUAAUUCUUUGUUUAUAGGUCCACAUAUAUCAAUAUUUAUACUUGCUAUUUUAUUGUAAUAUGGAAGGUAAAUUUUCUCUUUUUCUUUAAUAUUAUGCGUAAUUUUCUUUACUGGAAGAAAUAACGAUACAAUAGUAAAAUAACAUUGAAACAUUUUAUCUUGUUUUUUUGUGAGAGAGAGACACAGAGAGAGAGGAGAUGGAAGAGAGAGAGGAUGUGGGGGUUGAUAUGCAAAUAUACCUUACUUUGUUUUAAGUAAUUAUCUUCUUUCUUGGGUUAAAAUUUCAUUCAAUUCAUCCUUUCCAGAUAGGAAGACUGUGAGAAAAGUUAGAAGUGGUAAAUUUACAGUUUGUUGCCCAGUAGAGUAAAUAUGUGCCUGAAUUCCGGUUACUUGAAUAAAACAAGUUACAAUGUGGAUACAGUUCAUUGCACCUCAAUCAAAUAUGAUAGCAUAUGACACAAUUAUGAUCAUUCAUGUAUGAGAACAUUUGCUAAGCCGUAUCAGUCAGUGCUUGCUGCUGUAUUGUGAGUGAUGGAAUUUACCAUUGUUGAAUUAGGCUGACAAUGUAUACCCAUGUUUUCCUCUUAAAUGAAACGCUUUUGUCAAUUUUGUUCUCAGAUCUUCAUGUUCCUACAUGUAUGCAGUGUUUUGCCUGAUGUGCACUCAAUAAAUUAUGCAUUGUUGUAUUUACUUCGGCAAAAGUUAAUAAGUCUUCUAAAAGGGCAAAACUUUAAGCGAUGCCAAUUCAAUUCCACAAGGUGUUACUUCUUUUAUCAUUUGGGAAGAAUGCAUGACAAAUAGUCAGAAAUAUUGCCCACAAGGCUGAGUAUGAUGUAUGUUAAAUAGCCAGGAUUGCUGUCAAGAUAAAAUAAAUUCUAAUAUUCAGAAAUUAUUGUGCCUUUUAUUUGCCAACUCAAGUGUUAUGCGCAAGUGGUGAUGAUUGAUUACUUUGAUGUUUCGAUGUACAUAUAUAGAAAUUAUAUAUUUGUUUCAUUCUUUUGAAGCAGUACUUCCAUUAAUAAUUCUUUUUUCUGAUAAGACAUGAUAUAUUUAUAAAUACAUGCUUCUUUGGAAACAAACAGUUGGCAUUUAAAGCUGUACAAGCUGUGAUUCCAAGUUGCAUUUUUGAAAAAAUAAUCAAAGCUGUAAAGAAACGACAAAGGCUCUUCACAAAAAUGGCUGAUUGAUCGUUUAAACUGAGUUACAAGGAAACUCGCAUCUCUUGAAAGUACAUAAGCCUACUGUUGACAUUUUAAUGAGGUUGAUAUUUUUCGUACAUUCUCUUUAAUCAAUUGAUGCUUUAAAAAGUAGUGCAAAUUGGUUUAUGAUUUCAUACCAAAACUGAAUUUGAGCUUUAAUCGGAAUGGGAAUUCCCCUUAUGAUAUAAAUCUGUAGGUAUUUGCCACAUCUGUAGAUAUUCCAGUAUACUGGCACAAGUUCUUGAAUCUAACAUGUUAGCAUUAACAUACUCUACAUUUUAAAGUUGGUAACCCUAUUUUACCCUUCUAAGAAAGGAUUUUACUAAUAUUUACUCUUUAACAGAUUCCUAUUGUAUUGGUAGUAUUAAACUACAAUAAUAUAUAUACUUUUCUCAUUUUAGAGAUUUGUUACUAAUUUUGCAUAUAUUUGUCUUUGUUUGGAAGAGAUAUGAUGUUUUUCUACAUGUGCAUGUAUUCAGAGGGUGAUUUCUUUCUUUUUUUUUGGUUAAAUUAUUUACAGAUUCAUCAUAGUCGUUUGAAUAUAAGUAUAAGCUUCAAGCAAAUUGAGGUGUAUAUUUUCCUGUCAUAUAUAUGUAUUAUAUAUGCUAGAUUUUAUUUCCAUUUAUCAUGUUAUCGUAAUUUAUUACAGUAAACAAGAGAUAUAUGUAUGUUGUAUUUCAUUAACAGAAAAGUUGUCUCCAUGAAGGAAUGUUUCUGCAUCUCUUGUAACUAACAAAGACAUUAAGAUACCAAAAACUGAUUUAAAAGUGUUUACUGGAAUAUGUGUCUCGUGCACUAUCAGUUAGAAAUGGUAUCCUUUAAAAACCCUUCCUUUUGGUAGCUGUUUGUAUACAUUUUUUGAAUACUCCUUCCCCUUGAAGUCCACAUUAAAAGAUAAUUAUCCAAUGGCUCCUAGAGAAAUACUAAUCGGCAAUUUUUAUUUUUAUGUCACCUGGACCUCGACUUUUCAACUGAUUUCAUUCUCUCAGUGAAAGAAACUUACCUGAAAAAGAUAUUUUUUAUAAGAAUUGCAUGUGAACAUAAAAUAGUGCAGUUUUGAGUAUAUGCCUUCUAGACAUAUAGAGCAUUGAGAUAAAGCAUUUAUCACUUUCGCCUUUCUUUGCAACUUCUCUGAGUUGAUUAAAUGAAUAUACAAGCAAUGCA